AUGUGGGACUCGAAGGUAAGCGACUGGGAUAUCGUGGACCGCACACCCUACAAGAAGGACGUGCUGAAGCAGCUCGCCGAGGCCUGCCGGCGGCACGAUCUAAAGCUGUUCUUCUACCAUUCGCACCUCGACUGGCAUCACCCCGAGUACUUCCCGGUGGGGCAGACCGGCCGCAACUCGGGCCGGCCCGAAUCGGGAGACUUCGACGAGUACCUCGACGACAUGGACGCCCAGCUCACCGAGCUUUUGGGCGGCGAUUACGGCGACGUGGCGGGCGUUUGGUUCGACGGCUGGUGGGACCAGCAAUCGAAACGCUUCGAGGACACCCGCGACGCAUCCGUUCGCGACACUCGCAUCAAUUGGCGGCUAGAGCAGACGUACGCCCUGAUCCAUCGCUUGCAGCCGGCCGCUUUGGUGGGUAACAACCACCACAUCGCGCCGUUUGCGGGCGAGGAUUUCCAGAUGUUCGAGCGUGACCUGCCCGGUCAGAACAAGGGCGGCCAUAGCUCCGACGCGGUGAUCGGGGACUUGCCGCUGGAGACCUGUGACACGAUUAACGGCGCCUGGGGCUACAACGCCGGCGACAAGGGCCACAAGAGCGUCGAACAACUCGUUACUUACCUCGUGCGAUCGGCGGGGAUGAACGCCAACCUGCUGCUGAACGUCGGCCCCAAGCCCGACGGCACGAUCGACGACGUUUCGGCCGAGCGGCUUCGCGGCAUGGGCGAGUGGCUCGAGCAGUACGGCGAGACGAUCUACGGCACGCGCGGCGGCCCCGUCGCGGCGCAGGAGUGGGGGGUCACCACAAAGAAGCCGGGGGUCGUCUACGUCCACAUCCUGAAGAAACCAGAGGCCGACGCGGACGGCUGGACGCACCUCUCCGGCGCCGGCAAGCUGGCCGCACGGCUGCUGAAGGUUCUCAGUACGGGGGUCGAGGUUCCGAGCCGCAUCGGCGCGGGGGAUGAUCUGUUUGUUCGAUUGCCCAAGACCGACGCGGCGACGAUCGACCUUGUGCUGAUGGCCACGGAAGCGGAGGGCCUCUCCGUGGAAGCUUACGUCGAGAUCCUCAUCAUCUUUUGCCUGAUCCUGCUUAACGGGUUCUUCUCAGGCGCGGAGCUGGCGAUCCUCACAGCGAAGCGGAAUCGGCUGGAGCAGGCGUCGGAGGAGGGGAGCACAGGGGCCAAGGCGGCGCUGUCGCUCUUGGGGGACACCAACCGGUUUCUCUCGGCGGUGCAGAUCGGAAUUACCGGCGUCGGCACUCUCGCAGCGGCCUAUGGCGGCGCCAAUCUGGUGCGGGAGUUCUCCGACUGGCUCUCGCUGACCCCCGGCACGUUUGCCGCCCGCUAUAGCCAAGUGAUCGCGCUGGCGACGAUCACCGGUUCGAUCGCGUUCGGGUCGCUGGUGAUCGGCGAACUUGUGCCGAAGCGGCUCGCGCUCGCCUAUUCCGAGACGCUGGCAAAGUUCGUCUCGUUGCCGAUGCUGCUGUUGAGCUACGUGGCGACGCCCUUCAUCGCGGUGCUGGGAUUCGUCACCAACGCGGUGCUGCGGGUGUUCCGCGUCAAGGACGGCGGCGAGGCGCUCGUCACGCUUGACGACAUCGCCCACCUCGUCGAGACCGGUCGCGAGCAGGGGGUCCUCCGGCUGGCCGAGGAAGACAUCCUGCUUGAAGCUUUGCAGCUCCGCACACGGCGGGUCCGCGACAUCAUGCGGCCGCGCGUCGAUAUCGACGCGGUGGAUGUCGAGACGCCCGUCGAUGAAAUCAUCGGCGUGGUCGCGAUGUCGGGAUUUUCGCGGCUGCCGGUGUACGAGGGUAGCACGGACAACAUCCUGGGCUUCGUCUACAACAAGGACGUGCUCCAGCAGAUGCACCUCAAACGCAGCAUUGAGAUCCGCAAGAUCCUCCGCAAGCCGCUCUUCAUCCCGGAGAGUUUGACGCUAGAGCGGUUGCUCGUAGCGUUUCAAGCAGAACGCACCCAGUUGGCCAUCGUGCUCGACGAGUUCGGCGGCACGCGCGGGAUGGUGACGUUUGAGGAUGUGCUCGAAGAGCUGGUCGGUGAGAUCCACGACGAGCAUCGGCACGACGACGAGCAACUUGUCGUCCAGCGCAACGACCACAGUUGGCUGGUCGAUGGUCGUAUCGGCAUGCACGAGUUGCUUGAGCAACUGCCCGAGAAGACCUCUCUCGGGGCCGAGGUCAGCAGCGUCAACACCGUUAGCGGCUUGGUGAUGGCGGUCCUGGAAUCCGUGCCGAGUGUCGGCGAUCAAGCCGUCUGCGGGGAUGUGACGAUCGAGAUCGUCGAUAUGGACGGGCCGCGCAUCGACCGGUUGCUGAUCACGCUGUCGCCACCGCCCGAUUCCGAAGCUCCGGCGGCCCCGUGA